AUGACUGAACAUGUUCAUGAUUCUAGCCUCAGUAAUGAAAAUUUUGAUAGUGCAGUCCCGAAUCAAUCAAGCUCGGGAUACACUGAACGGAGUGAGACGCAAAGGGCUAAAAAAAAAAGAAAAAAUGAACUAAGUGAAGUUGACAUUAGGUUUAUGAAGUUUAUGGAUUCAGCAGAACGAGAUGAGAAAAAGAAAAGCCGUAGUAUGAACUUUUUUAUGGGAAUCGCUGAUACAGUUGACAAGUUCAGUGAUGAAAAUAUGAUAGACUUUCAGUUUCAAGUAAUUUCAAUAAUUAAAAAUAUUCAACAAAGACAGUGUACUCAGUAUAUACCUACAUCAAGAAACCAAUGGGAUCAAGGCCAUCAACGAUAUUUAAGUGGUACAGCAUCCUCAAAUGCGCAAUCGUCAACAUAUGGAUAUUCUACAGCUGCUAGAUCGGGCUAUGGAAUAAGUCGUCCACAGACGUCUUCUCAUGAUUUUGGACACGGUUCUGGUUUAGAGCCAAUCCACUACCGACCCGAAUCACAAUUAUCUGUACAUAGUGUAAAUGCGGAAAGUAUCUCGGCAGAUUCUCAAGUUUCUAUUGAAGACGAAUUCGAUUUUAGUACCGCACUUGAGUAGCAUUUUCAGCGUAGUGUAUUUUUUGAUUUACUUGUUCUUAAAUUAAUAAUUAUUAAAAUUCAAUUACAUGUAAUAAUUUUGUUUGUGUGCAAUAAACAAUUUUAAACUAAAAUAUGUCAUUUAAUUUUGUACCUACUUACCUCAGAGUUACAGCCAAUCUUUCUGCGGGCGAUAUACUCUCUCGCAUAAAAGUAUCUUGAUGUUUUAGUUCCUGGGAUAAUUUUUGGAGCAAGUUGUCGAAUGUAGUUUUCUGCAUUCUAAAAUAAUUGUAAAACUUGUCUUCAUCUUCUCUCAAUUGAUUCUUGACAAGUGUAUGAAACGCGCCAUAUUCCUCCCUUUUUUCUAAAAUCGGAUGUAUCCAAAACCUUACUUCCCUUUUUUUUCUAUUUUCUUUUUCCUAUAUAUGUAAUAAGCAACUAUAAUAUUUUUUUUCGUAAGAAAAUUCAUGACGCAGCACGUCCUACACAGCCCGAGUAAAAAGCGCUACUAGCCAGUACUUACCAAUGUCUCGCGCGGUGAUUUUGCCGUAUCAUGUACAAGCUAGCACGUUUUUUCAACCGUACGGCUUACACACCGUACGUUUGAACAACCGUGUAAUGGAAAAGAGGCCUAAUCAAACGUUUAACGCUACGUUACGAUGCUCUUGUUCGAACUACAGAGUGACAUUAGUUUUGGCUAUUUAAAAAGUAGACAAAUAAAUAGUGUAUAAGUAGGUGUUUAAUUUUUGACGGAUCACAUCAAUAAGUAAGUACAAAUUUAUUUUUACUAUCUAUACCACACUCCCUAAUACUUAAAGUAUAUAAGAUGUUAAAAUAACAGGUUAAUUAUUGAAAUUGGCUCCAGGCUCUCUAUCUUUGUAACACCCUAACAGGGUGUCACAUAAUUGUUUUAUAUAACUUUGUGUAAUUGUUGUAACUUUGAGACGUGCAAUGUAAAUAAAUAAAUACUAUGUUUUUCGGUCUCUGCUAUCUAUUAAUAUUUAUAAAAUUUGUUUAUAUGUUUAUACGUUUGGGCAGCAUAAUCUCUGGAACGUCAAUAGCGUUGUAACGAAGUUUUAUUGCAAUCAAUUUAUUUUUAUAAAUGUUUCGAUUGAUACAGAUUUAAUUUGUUGCAGAUUUUAUUUAUUACAACUAGAAGGUACAAAAUGUCUGAACAGGGUGGGUGAUUUUAUCAAAAGAAAACCAUCUGGGUCAGAAUAUAGGAAACGGAAAGCGGAAAAAGAAAAGGAAUUUCAAAAAACAAAGAAGUUUAUGAAUAUAGAUAAAUAUAUCAGAACAAAAAAUCAAGAGUUGAAUGUGGCAUCUACAUCUGCAAUACAAACGAAUGCAUCGGCAGUAGAGCCUCUGUCUGGCAAGUCCGAUGGAAUAGCUACUCAAGAGAUUGUGGAUGAAAAAUCCCGAAGUGAGGGAGCAAGUUGUGCUACGAUUACAGAUGCUGCUCAAGAAUCUGUUAUUGAUGUACAACAAAUACAUGUAUUAGAUGAUGUUGAUACUGUUGUCCCGAAUAUAGCGGAUCCAGCUACUUGGCCACCUAUUCGAAAUAGCAAAAUAAUUGAUCAUAUUAUAAAUACCGGCCCACUGCAAACUCACUGUGAUGAUUAUCCGAAAAAUGAUACAGGGCGACAUUUUUCUAAUUCUCAUUUCAUAAAAAAACUAGCAAACAGUGAGACAAUUCAGCGUCGUUGGUUAGUAUACUCCAUUUCCAAGGAUCGAGUUUAUUGUUUUUGUUGCCGGCUGUUUGAUAGUAGCUCAACGUCGAGUUUAGUAUCUGAAGGAUAUAACGACUGGAAACACUUGUCUGAAAUGUUAAAAACUCACGAGAAUAGCACUUCACAUAAGAAGUUUUACCUUUCAUGGAUUGAAACUGAACUACGUUUAAAAAUAGGCAAAACAAUAGAUUGCCAAGAGCAAUAUUUGAUUAAAAAGGAAACUACAAGAUGGAAUAAUGUUUUAUCUAGAUUGAUGCAUAUUACACUUUAUUUAGCUGAAAACAAUAUGGCGUUCAGAGGUAAUUCUGACAAAUUAUAUACGCCAAAUAACGGAAAGUUUUUGGGCUUAGUACAAUUACUAGCUAAAUUUGAUCCAGUUAUGCAGGAGCACUUGCGAUUAGCUAUGAAGGGUGAUAUUGCAGACCACUACUGCGGAAAAGACAUUCAAAAUGAAUUAAUAGAGCUGAUGGGUAAAAAAGUGAAGUCAGAAAUCAUAUCACGCGCAAAGAAAUCAAAAUAUUAUUCUAUUAUAGCUGACUGUACACCGGACAUUAGUCACGUAGAACAACUUUCACUGACAAUACGAUUUGUUGAUAUAUCAUCAAAUGACGAUAAAAUAUCAGUAAAAGAGCAUUUUGUAGAAUUUUUGCCUGUAAAUCAGUCGACUGGUGAAAAACUAACUGAAGUUAUUAUUGAUAUUUUAAAUAAACACGGACUUGAAUUGAACGACUGCAGGGGUCAGGGUUAUGACAACGGGGCGAAUAUGAAAGGGAAAAAUGUUGGUGUUCAAAGGAGAAUUCAAGACAUAAAUCCCUUAGCUGUUUAUGUACCUUGUGGCUGUCAUAGCUACAAUCUCGUACUAUGCGAUGCCGCUAAGUCUUCCGUAAAAUCAGUGACUUUGUUUGGGGUACUUCAGAGGUUGUUCACAUUGUUUUCAGCUUCUGUUCAUCGAUGGAAAAUUCUAACCGAUAGCCUGGGAUUAUAUACUCUAAAAAAGCUCAGUGACACACGUUGGGAAGCAAGAAUAAGCAGUGUCAAAGCAGUUCGUUAUCAAAUUAGUGCCAUCCAUGACGCUUUAAUUACAGGCCUACGCAGACCGGGACGGAAUGGCAAGGGAUUUUAAUUUUUACUAAUGGACAUUCAACCGUACUGUUACAGAAAUACGACAUAAAUUGCUAUGCUUUAAAAUGAUGCCGUGGCAUUGAAAGGGAUUUAAUCGAAAAGACACGGCAAGGGAUUUUAAUUUUUACUAAUGGACAUUCAACCGUACUGUUACAGAAAUACGACAUAAAUUGCUAUGCUUUAAAAUGAUGCCGUGGCAUUGAAAGGGAUUUAAUCGAAAAGACACGCCACAGGCCCCCGUGGCGGGAUGCCGCGGCAUACUGCGGUAGGCAACGGCAUGACACGGACUCCGGCGCUCGUCACAGGCUCCCGUGGCGGGAUGCCGCGGCAUACUGCGGUAGGCAACGGCAUGACACGGACUCCAGCGCUCGUAGUAAUAUACUGCGGGGUGCGGCGGUGGGGGUAGAGAAGCGGGGAAUGCACACCAUUGACCAUCCAUUUGCGCCCGCGUCUUUGACGACUGUGUACCUACGUGUUUUUUUCGGAGACCAGUUUUUUACGUUUUUUAUUCCAACAUGGAGGAAAAAUUAAUAACAUUAGUUCAAGCCUAUGAUUAUUUAUAUAAUAUGUCAUCAAAACAUUAUAUGAACACUCAAACGAAGAACAAUGCGUGGAGAAUAAUUGGGACAGAAAUGAAUAAAACAGGUAAAUAUUUUUGCAAUAUAAUUAUAUUUUAAUACUUCACACGGUAUUAAUGUCUAUUUACAAUAUCGUUUUGCCAUGGAAUCGAGCCCUCAUCAGAGUUAAAGUAAUCUUUAAACAUCUCCCGUACUGUCGUACCAUCUAAUGCAUUGUUCAUAUUAUUAUCGUUUUCUAAAUUAAUGCUUACACUUGCUAUACUUUGACUUUCUGUGCUUGUACCACCUAUGAUGAAAUUGUGUAAGCAAGUACAUGCUAAAAUGAUAUUAUCAAUAUAUUUUGGUUGAACCUGAAUUCCUUUUUGACAUAAUUCGAAACGUUCUUGAAGUAUACCAAAUGCAUUUUCGACGAUACGCCUGGCUCUACUCAAACGAUAAUUGUAUAUUUUCAUUGCUUCAUCUGUCAAUCGGUCGCUACUAAAUGGUCUCAUAAUGUUUGUGGUUAACGGAAAAGCCUCGUCUGCUAUAAAAACAUAGGGGGCCCCAUAUAAAAGCACUUUCGGGGAGACUAAGCUCAGCUGCUUAUGCAGUUAGACAGAUUAGGCAGCUAACGGACGUAAGUACGGCAAGGCUUGUUUAUUUUAGUUAUUUUCACAGCAUAAUGUCUUACGGCAUUUUGCUGUGGGGGCGAGCUGCGGAUGUAGAAUCAAUUUUUAUUUUGCAAAAGCGAGCUAUUCGAGCAAUAUAUAACUUGCCCCGUCGCGAAUCUUUGAGAGAACUAUUUAAAACUAUAAACAUUCUUACAGUGCCUUCUCAAUUCAUUUACGAAAAUAUUAUGUACGUGAGAAAAAAUCAACAAUUGUUUGAAAAAAGAAGCGACAGACACAAUUUUAAUACGAGAGGUAAAAAUAAGUUAGCUAUACCGCAAUUCCGAUUGUCCAAAGUGCAGAAAUCCUUCAUGGGAUUUUGUGUUAAGUGUUACAAUAAACUACCAACCACCAUACUGAAUCUGAACGAGAAAAAAUUUAAAUCUUGUAUAAAGCGUGAACUGUGUAAACAGGCAUAUUAUAAACUGUCAGAUUAUAUUGAAGAUAAAAAUGUGUGGCAGCAUGUUGGUCCGGCUCCACUGGACACUCGCUCACACUAGACAAUGCUCUAAUACGAUCACUAGUUACACGUUAAAUUAAAGUACUAAUUUAUUCCAAUGUAGUCUAGGGAUCCUGUGGCAUCAAGCAGUUAUUCAUUUUUUUUUAUUUGAAAAAUUAAAUUAAAGAUUAUUUUUUAUUUGUAUAGAAGCAUUAUUUCAAAAUUGUAAGUGUACAUAUGUGGGCACUAUGUUUGAAACAACCCGCUUUUUUAAUUUAUAUUCUUUACAAAUUAGUUUUAUUGUCCCAUAGUUUUGACGUCGUAUUGUAGUUACAUUGUUCCUACAUAUAUAUACAAUAGGUAAAUGAUCAAAUAAUGUAUCAGAGAUAUUGUAAAAAACAUUUUUUGAAAAGAGUAACGAUGGAGUUUCUUGCUCGUUCUUCUCCAUUCGAAGCAACACUUUGGAACGAGCGCCUAGCUUCACUGACAGACAGACUGACGGACAAUUUAAUUUGACGUUUCAAAAGUGCCUAAUUUAGGAUUAAUUGAAAUAAAUGCUUUGACUUUGA